AUGUCCAAAGACGCGGACGUGAACCUCAAGAGAGACACUGCUGUUGCCCUGCUCAAAGAAGGCGCUGAUUUCACCCUAAAGAACAGCGCGGAUGAGCUAGCACUUGAUCUGGCACCAGAUAAAGAAGUACGCCGAUAUGUCUUACAAGGUGCAGAGCGUGAGGGUAUCGAGUUGCCAGGGUAG